AUGAGUAGAAGUGCUAGUAGUUUUAUUAGAAAGGAAUUAAAAGUAUCCAAUAAUAAUAGCCUUAUUGAUGAACCAAUAUUAAAUAAUAGUGGAUUGAAUAUGCAACCAAAUCGUUCAGCUUCACCAAUAAUGUUUCAAGAUUCUAAAAAGAAGAGACCUCAAUCAGGCGGUUCAUCUAGAAUGAAUCGUUCUAAAAUUGAUGCACCUUUACCUCCACCAUCAAUUGAUGAAUUAAGAGCAUCAUCUCCAAUCUUACAAAGAUCAACCAGUCCUGUUUUAAAUAGAGCAUCAUCACCAAUACAAAGAUCAAGUUCUCCUAUUCAUAUGAAUAGAGCAUCAUCUCCUGUCAAUAGAAGUAAUUCUUCACUAGGUAAUCAUAAUUCAAAUUCAUAUAAUAAUACAUCCAAUAAUAAUAAUACUAAUAAUAAUACCAAUAAUAAUAAUAGAUUUGAUAGAAAUGAAAUGAUGAAUUUUAGAUCUUCAACUGAUAUGGGAAUGAUUAAAAACAAUCGAUUAGAUUUAGAUCUAAGUCCAUCUAAGAUGAGAGAUUUCUCUCAAACAUCAUUUGAUAGACCAAUUAAGAGAGCAGCAAGUGCAAGUGGAAGUAGAAGAAGUUCAAAUCAACAACAAGUAAUAUCACCUGCAAAUAGUGUAGUAUCAUCACUUCAUUCCUAUUAUAAUUCACCUAAAAAUCAUCACAACACUACAACUUAUAAUUCAAAUUUUACAAGUUCUAAUCAAAAUACAUUUGUUCCACCUAAAGUAAAUUCAAGUCUAAGUAGUAAUCAUAGUGGUGGUGGUAAUGGUUUAUUUUCCAAUCGUUCCUCACAACAAUAUUCAUCAGUUAAUUCUUCUAUAAAUGGAAAUAGUCCAACGAAUAGAGAAUUAAUUAAUCAAUAUUAUGCUAAACAUGGAUAUAAUAGUCAUUCAAAACAAGAGAAUGAAAAGCAUGUACCAACACAUUUGAGAGAUUUAGAUUAUUCUAAAUCCAAUGAUGUAUUAGAAGUAGUUAAAGAUAAAAUUCAUGGACUUUCACCAUCAUUAUCUGAAGCAUUUAGGAGAAUUAAACAAGCAACAGGAUAUACAGGUGGUAAAGUUAAAAGUGAUGAUUUUAAAAAGGCAAUUAUUAAGGAUUUUCAUUUAUUAGAUGAAGUACCAUCAGAUUUACCAAAUUUCUUAGCAGUUCAACAAUAUCAAAAUGAACAAGUUAAAAAGAUUGAUGAAUUUAUUAGAAUGGCAGAUCCAAAUAAUGAUGGUUAUUUUGGAUAUAGUGAAUUUAAUAGAGCAAUGGAACAAUUAGAAAAACAACUAGGAACAAAUACAACAACUUCACAAAGAGAAUCAAGAUAUUGUGGUACAAUGAAUCAUGAAGCCAUUCGUAGAAGAAGAGAAAGAAAUGAACAACAAAUUGAAAGAAUAAUGGAUCCUAAAAAAGAAAGAGCACCCUAUGGUGUACAUGAUGAUUUAGUUCAUUCAAUUAAUCAAGUUAAUACUUCAUAUAAUAACAAGUUGGAAAAUUUAAGAAGUGCAUUUCCAAUAUAUGGUGAUACAGAUAGAGUUCCAUUAAGUGUUUUUAGAGAAACUUUAAAGAAAUUUGAUAGAUAUAUACUUGAUGUUGAUUUAGAUCAAAUGAUUGAAUCAUUACAUGGUAAAAGAAGAGGAUAUAUUUCUUUAAAUGAAUUUAUGAAUGCCUAUGGUUUUGAAACUAUUAAGAGUAAAUCAUUUAGAGGAAGUUAUGAAUCUGUUAAACCACUUCAAUGGCCUGCUACAUUGGAAAAUCAAUCAUCUACCUCUGAUAAAAUUAGAGAUUUAAGAGAUAAACAUACAAAGAAAAAGUUAAAAGGAAGAGUUAAUAAUACAAGAACAAAUAUAUUACGUGCUGAAGAAAUUAGAAGAAAUGCAUCAUCUGCCAUGUCAAAUUAUUCAUCUCCAUCUUCAUCCUAUUAUCAAGAUAGAAGUUUAGAAAAUUCAAGUACAAAAUCUUCAUCCUUUAUGAAAACUCCAAAUUAUUUAUUAUCACAUAGUCAAGGUGGUGCUAACAAGAUGUAA